AUGGGUCCAAACACUGACUUCUGGAGACUACCGGCGUCGAGGUAUGCGACUUGCGAAUCGAGAGCGGCUGCGAAACGGCUGUUGAUGUCCCAAAGAUGCGAACAGUUCUGGUCAAGUUUCCAGAAAACGCCGUUAAGGAUGGCCAGAUUAUGUAAGCGAGACCUAGGCUGGGCUGCUCGUGUGACCUCAAACCCUAAGCGGCAGAUUUGCGGACUUCCAUGCAUCGACUGGAUAUCUGAUCGACUGGAUAUCUGCGAGCCGCAGCGAUGCGAUAGGGAUAUAUUUCUUUUCUGCGAGUUUACAUCUGGACUGUUGAAUAUAUCCUACUGUGUAACCAGGGCGGUGACCAAUAUCAAUAAAAAGAGACAAUCUCCCCAGAAGCAGGCUGAUAGCACAAUGCUAUCCAGCUUUCAGCCAUUUUGCCAACCUUUUUACAGGUGA